GGCGAGAAAAAAAGCACACUCCACAUUAAUGGGCAACGGAAAAACAAAUGAAUGCUGUUUUGACCAGUCAUUUACCUCCACCAGAUGUCGUUAUCUUACAAUAAGUCGUCUUCAAGCAUUUGAAUGCAGAGGGACCAUGCAGCAGCGGGGGGCUCUCUCCUGGCUUGGCUCCGUCCUGCUGGGGCUGAUGGGGCUCCUGGUGUCCGGCUCGGACUUCCAGCAUCACCGGUAUGAGGAGAUGGUGCGAGCCCUGUUUGCAGUACACAACGAGUGUCCCUACAUCACUCGCAUCUACAGCAUCGGGCGCAGCGUGGAGGGACGACAGCUCUACGUGCUGGAGUUCAGCGAUAACCCGGGCAUCCAUGAGGCAUUGGAGCCCGAGUUCAAGUACGUGGGCAACAUGCACGGCAACGAAGUGCUCGGCCGUGAGCUGCUCAUCAAGCUCUCCCAGUUUAUGUGUGAGGAGUAUCGCGCCGGAAACCAGCGGAUCAUGAGGCUGAUCCACGACACGCGCAUCCACAUCCUGCCCUCCAUGAACCCCGAUGGCUACGAAGUGGCUGCCCAACAGGGUCCAGAGUUCAAUGGCUACCUGGUGGGCCGAGGGAACGCCAGAGACAUCGAUCUGAACAGGAACUUUCCAGACCUGAACGGGCUCAUGUAUUACUAUGAGAAAAGCAAGGGGAAAAACCACCACCUGCCCCUGCCGGACAACUGGGAGCAGCAGGUUGAACCAGAGACAUUGGCAGUCAUAAAAUGGAUGCAGAACUACAACUUUGUCCUGUCGGCCAACCUCCACGGAGGAGCCGUGGUGGCCAAUUAUCCCUUCGACAAGUCGAGAGACGCGCGCAUACGAGGGAGAACCAUUCACGCUGCCACGGCAGACGACAAGCUCUUCAGACAGUUGGCAAGGACCUACUCGUACGCCCACAGCUGGAUGCACAAGGGCUGGAACUGUGGGGACUUCUUUGAUGAGGGCAUCACCAAUGGGGCCAGCUGGUACUCUCUGUCCAAAGGCAUGCAGGACUUUAACUACCUGUACUCCAACUGUUUUGAGAUCACCCUGGAGCUGAGCUGCGAUAAGUUCCCUGCAGCGUCGGCGCUGCCCAGGGAAUGGCUGGGCAAUCGAGAAGCUCUGGUUUCAUACAUGGAAGAGGUGCAUCAUGGGAUAAAAGGCUUGGUGUACGACGAGAACAACAAUCCCAUCAAGAACGCUGAGGUCUCAGUAUUGGGCGUCCAUCAUGAUGUGACCACUGGAGUGGAUGGCGACUAUUUCAGACUCCUGUUACCAGGCACCUACACUGUUACAGCAUCGGCCCCGGGUUACCUCCCCUCCACCAGCACUGUCACAGUGGGACCAGCUGAGGCCAUACAGUUUCAUUUUUACUUGAAAACGGCACCAAAGCAGCACAUCAAAGGCAAGCCCCACAACAGCAAGAAGUACCCGUCGUCUUCUAAGGCCUCUUUAAAGCCCGGCCCCAGAUGAGGCGUUGACUUUGAUUUGCAGUAGCCUCCACACACACACACACACACACACACACACACACACGUACUAUACACCAUCAGUCCCACAUGCUGUAAAGAAACAUGCUCACACUCACACACAAGUUGCAUAUCAUCUAUUGGAAAUGAUAAAUCACCAUAAUACGUGUAUGUAAUUUGACCCUUGUAGUCCAAUGAUUAUGUAUUUCAAAACUGUUUUGUUGAAUAAAUAUACACUGUGUGUCUUUAUGAUAAGGAUUUGUUGCAAACCUGGUGUAUUUAUGGAACAGCAAGGAUUUGUAUGAAUACACUUAUUCUGUAUAUGUAAAGGACUUUUCUCAAUUUUGAUUUCUAUAAUUUGAUGAAAGUUGAAAGUGAAAAUAAAAGACUGUUUUGGUGUCUUAAA